AACACGCACAGAAUGCAAGCAGGCACAGAGCUCUGAAUGCUUGCAGAGCACCACUGGCUGCUUAUAUCAAAUGUGGCAAAGACUAGGCUAGCAUGGAAUGGGCAAACAAACCGGAUUUAUCUUCUCAUUCCUGAUACCUUCCAAGUGCAUACUUUUUUCUUUUCAUUGACUAUUAACAGGUUGUUUUCCAUGAUUCUUUUUAAAAGGAGCACUGGAUAAUGGAGCUGGUACUCAGAUAUUUCACAUUGGAUUUACAGGAAUCAUUGUCUGCCUCAUGGCUAUAAUGCCCUCGCAUCAGAUGAGAACUUUGAAGAAACAUAAAAUUAGUUUUCUGGAGGAGAUACUAGAAUCCAGAAGUGUUAUUUAAGGACCAGCCAGUCAGAGUGGGGGUAAAACUAUCCUCCCCCUUUUUAGUUUUUUUUUUCUUUUUUUGUUUUUCUUUUGGGGGUGUUUUACGGAGGGCAUGGCCAAACCUUUUUUUAGUCUACAGAAGUUUCUAAGACGAGCUCAGUUUUUCCUCUUCUUCCUCACAGUUGCGUAUCUAAUGGCAGGAAGCUUGCUACUUUUGCAAAGGUCUUAUUUGGUGAUUCAGCUAAGUAACCGAGGGACUUCAAGUGUUCAAGGCUCUCAAACAGAAAACUUUGCUGUAGGGGAUCGGUAUCUGGACCGCAACCUGGUUCAAAGCCCAUACUGGAGCCAAAAAGGAUUUGUAGGUGUAAAUCUACACAGUAAGACAUUGACCAAUCAAAGAUAUGGUUUGAUUGAUCAACCGCUUUGGCUUAUGUCCCGUAAUUCUGAGCUGAGACAGCUGAGACGAAGAUGGUUUCACAAUUUUGUAAAUGAUCAAGACCAAGUGCAAGGCACAGGAAAUAAAAUGAUGAAGCACGCACUGGUAAACAAAGGUACAUACAUUGGAUGUUUUGUAGACAACGUGGAAGAAAGAACCCUUAAAGCAACUGUGUUCUAUGAUCUGCGAAAAAUGACUAUAGGUCACUGUCAGGAGGCCUGUGCAGAAAGGUCUUAUCUUUAUGCUGGUUUGGCAUAUGGGGCUGAAUGCUAUUGUGGAAACAACCUUCCUCUGAACAGAGCCAAAGAAGAAGAGUGUAAUAAUGAGUGCAAAGGGGAGAAGGGUUCUGUCUGUGGAGGUGUCAAUCGUCUCUCCGUCUUCCAGCUGGAAGAGCUGCAAGCACUGGAAAAACGGAGGAACGUCACCUACCGAGGAUGUUACAGAGCCCCAGAAAAUAUAACACAAAUAUUUCCUGCUUCUUUUGCCAAUUUCACUGUGGAGAUGUGCUCAGAAUUCUGUACCGCUAAAGAAUAUCCUUUGGCAGUUUUCCGAUGGACUGAAUGCUUCUGUGGCUUCCCUACAGUUCAGUUUAACCUUUAUGAACGUCUGGAUGAAUCAUUCUGUUCGUUUGUGAAUGACAGUAGUGGAUCAGAGGUCCUAAGGGAGGAUAACUACUGUUCUGUCUACCAAACUCCCAUACAAGAUACUCGAUGCACAGGCAGGGCAUUCUUACCUACAAAGUCCAGAGUGUUUGUAGCACUGUCGAGUUUUCCAGGAGCAGGGAACACAUGGGUGAGGCACCUUAUAGAGCAUGCUACAGGAUAUUACACUGGAAGCUACUACUUUGAUGGGACACUAUACAAUAAAGGCUUCAAGGGGGAAAAAGAUCACUGGAGGAGUGGCCGGACAAUAUGUGUAAAAAGUCACGAAAGUGGCAAACGAGAAAUAGAAAUGUACGACUCUGCCAUUUUAUUGAUUCGCAAUCCUUACAAAGCUCUGAUGGCAGAAUUCAAUAGGAAAUGUGCAGGACAUUUGGGAUAUGCAACAGAAAGACACUGGAAGAGUAAAGAAUGGCCAGAAUUUGUAAACAGCUAUGCAUCUUGGUGGGCCUCCCAUGCCUUGGAUUGGCUUCAGUAUGGCAAAAGACUUCUUGUAGUGCACUAUGAAGACCUGAAGAAGGACAUCAUUGGAAAGUUGAGGGAAAUGGUGGACUUUCUUGGUUUACCCACAAAUGAUGACCGCCUGCUGUGUGUAGAAAAUAACAAGGAUGGAAAUUUUAAGCGGGUGGGCUCCAGCCAAACAAAUUUGGAGCCAUUUACAUGGGAGAUGAAGGAUUUGAUCAAUGGAUAUAUUAGGACGGUAGACAAAGCACUUAAAGCCAGAAACUUUACAGGUUUACCUGAAGAAUAUAUGCCCAGAUAAUAUCUGGACAAUGGCUAGUCUUUUCCUAUCCUGGACCUUACACACUACUGACAGCUGCCAAUUUUCUUAAGGAAACUUAAUGUUAAAAAAAAUGGAAGAGUAGAGAAUCGCUUUUGUGUGUGUUUCUCCUUUGUAUCAAUGGCUGAGAAUUUUACAGUUGUCCACUGUGUAUUCCGGAAAAAAGGUUACAUUGCCCAUCCUUAAUGCCUUUUUAGCAAUACCUUUCAGGAGUAGUUUCACAUGUUGCAGUAUCAGAGCCUGAAAUCUGUCAGACUUCCUUUCUGUAAUAAAAUUAAUAAAAAGGGGGACCAGAAAGGGCAUAUUUUCAUUAAAAUAUCCCUGUGUGUAUUUUUCAUUUCUUACAAAAGAAAUUGGCUUAAGGUCA